AUGAUUUUGAUGGAUGAGGAGGGAAGGAAAAUUCAUGCAUCAUGUCUGAAGAAAUGGUUUCCUAAAUUCAAGCGCUAUUUAAAAGAUGAUAGUUCAAUUUACGUCAAGAAACCUAACGUCGCACCAAAUACUUCAAAAUUUAAGUUUGCUCAUCCGGAAUCAAAACUAAAUUUUUAUCACGAUACAAUUGUAAAAGAUUGUGAAAACUUUUCUGGAUCUGCACAUGGCUUUCAUUUUGUUGACUUCAAUACUAUCGUUUCUAACAACAUCCUGGAGUCAAACUCUUUUGAUAUUAUUGGACACAUUUUUGAGUAUGGGCAUAUGGAUACCUCAGAACAAGAUAAAUCAAAACACAAGAUGCUCUUGCAUCUUCAAGAUAUAGAGGAUACUAAGCUUAAGAUAACUUUGUGGGGUCAUAAUGCAUACUACAUGCAUGAUUUUCUUGCUAACAAUAACACCUUGCUCCAGUUGUUGUUAUUGUUCAAUUUGCCAGGGUCGUCCUUUUUCAUCCACCUACUUUGA